AGUGUAUUCAUUAAUUAUAAAGCGCACCGCUGUCCGGUUUGUCGAAGGUUGAUGCAGUGCCUGUUUACGCAGAAUACUUGGAAGAUUUAUAAAUUGUCAUAACGAUCUAUUUUACAUUUUAUUAAUGUAAAUGCUCCGUGUGAAGCCCAAUGUUGUGGUUGAUGUGCAUGGAGGUUGAUAUGCUCGAUAUGCUAGAACUCUGCUAGCUGCGCGGAAGUGAUGGAGGUUGGAUUUACGGAAACGUUCUCGUGUUUCCGAGCUUGAGAAGUUCGUGGCCAUGUGCUCGUGAGCCUGCUGAGUGUGCUUCUCUGGUGACUUCAAGUGUGCUUCAGGUACCCAGAGGGGUGUAUCUUCAUGAGCGGCGUCCGCAUAACAAGAAGUUUGUUUCUGAAGAGCCUGAAAAGUGUUUUGGGCCCUCAUAAUGCCAGGUUCGUCUCCAGGGCCAACAACACGGUCUCCCUGCCCCAGGAAAUUAACGAAGCUCUUGAGUCUUCUGAAAUGAAACAUAGGCGUCAUCCGGGCGUAAGAAAAAAUAUACAAGUCAGUAUUCCCGACAAGCUGCUCGCCGCAGCCACGGAAGUUCUAGCAACCAGAGACAUUGGUCAGCUGCGUGAGGCGGCGUCCAUCUUGCGGCUGCAACUCUGGACAAAGUGCCUGCCCACCGAGGACCGUGAGGUUAGGGACAAGGCACAAGCUCUCGAGAGGCAGCUUUUGGGAGAUCGUCUAGAGUCGAUGACUCCAGAGGAGAGGAGCCAAAUCGAGGACCAGGUGGAGCAGGCUGUGCUCAAGAAGCUCAAGGAGCAGAUCCCACCUUGGAGGCCGCUCAACUAUGACGAAUUCGGGUCAUACACCUACUUGGUGGGACGGCUUGCUGCUGACUAUGCAACAAUAAGGGCUGUGCUCGCAGAGAUUCGGCACCAAAACCCUGCAUUUGCACCCAAGUCGCUUCUGGACUUUGGGUCGGGCAUUGGAACUUCUUUUUGGGCAACAAGAGAAUUUUGGCCACAUGAGCUUCAAGAGUACUUCGCUGUCGACGUCUCUGACGAUAUGAACACUCUCGCCAGACUUUUGGUCCAAGGUGGGAACCCAAAUGCCGAGGUGAAGUUCCGGGGUUACUACCAACGUCAGUUCCUACCAGCAACUCACAAGAUCAAAUUUGAUCUAGUCACAAGUGCCUUCUCGCUGCUCGAGCUCCCAAGCACAGAGCAUCGGUUGCAGACCGUGGCAAGUUUGUGGGGCAAGACAAACUCCAUGCUGGUUCUCAUCGAAAAUGGAACACUGGAAGGCCACAGAGCCGUGCUAGAAGCUCGGGACUUCAUUCUCACGACCACCAAAAAAGAGGAUCCAGAGGGUUGUGGUGCUAGAGUCCUGGCUCCUUGUCCUCAUGAUCAGGACUGCCCCAGGGAGACUGAAGGUUUUGGCAUUCCUUGCAACUUCCAAGCACGAUACGAGGAGCCUUUCUUGUUGCAGAAAAAGAAGUCUGCACGCCUGAACUAUUCGUAUGUGGUUUUGCAGAGGUCUGGCAGUCUUCCCGCUGAGCAUGACUGGGCUCGCUUGAUCAGGCCCGUGCUGUGCCGGAGUAACCACGUGGUUUGCCGCGUCUGCUGCCACGACGCCAAACUCAGAGAGUUUGUUUUCACCAAGGCUCGUCACGGGAGGCAUAUCUAUCGCGUGGCCCGAUGCAGCGAAUGGGGAGAUCAGUUGCCAGUCAGCAUCUUGCCAUCGACAGAAGAGACGAUGCAAGAAUCAAAAUAAAAGUACAUUUUAACUUAGAAGUUCAACUUUUUUAGAAUUAAAAGGUCAGUUUGUGUUCUUCCUGUACUUAC